UGGAAUUUAAAGUAGGUCAAACUCCUUAACUUUAAGGUAUCUGGAGGAAGAGAAGACCUCCACAAAACUGAGGUUCCCCCUUAGAUAAGGGGAAGGGGACAGGAAAUAGAUAGGGUUGGUUAAGCGGCUGAGAACAUUUUCUGUAGCUCUUGAGAACUCUCUUUGUGUCUUAAGCAAAACCCAGCUUCUUCUGUUCCAGAGGCAGUGUAUUAUUGAGUCACAGCCUGAGCCCAACUUCACCUUUUUCUGUCUUUGGGGCAGAGCAAUAAACUCCUGAUUUUCUUCCCUCAGAAAAAUGGCCUCAGACAUCCCAGCAGCCUUCCAGAAAGAGCUCACCUGCCUCGUGUGCCUGAAUUACCUUCUAGACCCAGUCACCCUAGGCUGCGGGCACAGCUUCUGCUGGUGCUGUCUCUGUGUUUUCUGGGACCAAGCUGAAGAGCCUGCCAGGUGCCCUGUGUGCAGGCAGCAAUCAGAACAGACCAACCUCAAGACCAAUUUGCUUCUGAAGAAUUUGGUGUCCAUUGCCAGAAACGCCAAUCUGUUUCAGUUCCUGAAGUCAGAGGAACAAUGGUGUGGAACCCACAAGGAGAUAAAGGAGAUUUUCUGUGACGCCGACAAGAGCUUGCUCUGUUUGCUCUGCUCUCAGACUGACGAGCACGGGGAUCACAGACACCUCCCCACUGAAGAGGCUGCUGAGGAGUACUGGGAGAGGCUGGCAAACCAAAUGAGAUCUUUAUGGGAAAAGAUCCAAGAAAUUGAUAGAAGUCUCCAGAAAAACAGCCAAGGAACUGAUUCUUUGAUGGUAAGUACAAGGAUAUAUUUCUCUUUGAAACAGGUUGAGGCAGACAUGUUGACAUCCAUCUCCCAACAGUUUUACGCAUAUCAACGUGGAGACAUGAUGAGGAAAGUUUAUCAGAUGGUACCACCAUUGUUCCAGGAGGAAGAGAUUUACUACUUUGACGGUAUUAUAAAAGAAGGCCAAAAGUUUUAUAAGCUGAUCCAAAAAAGGCAAGAGGAAAUGAUUGGAAAGAAAACAGUCCUCAGAAAAAUCUACAAAGAGCUCAUGAACAUGUGCAACAAGCCAGAUGUGGAGUUGCUCCAGGAAUUGGGAGACAAACUGAUGCGGAGCGAGGCAGCACAGCUGCACAUCCCUCGGCCUCUGCUGCCAGAACUCCAUGCACGACCCAUGUCUGGGCUGAUGGAUUGGCUCAACCACUUCAAAGUGAAAAUUUCCUUCAGUAACGAAGUGAGCAAUCAGCACAUCAGGGUGUUUGAUGAUGUGAGAAGUUUGAAGUACAGGGAUGACGGCCUCUACGUGUCUUUGGACGCCAGCCCGUCGAAAUAUUUUGCGGCAUGGGGAACCCGGGCCUUCACCUCUGGCAAACAGUACUGGGAGGUGGAUGUGGACAGCUCCUGGGACUGGGCUGUGGGCGUCUGCAGGGACUCCUGGCUAAGGAAGUUUGACGGCCUACUGAGUGACUCCAACAGGGACAGCUUUCUCCUUGUGUGUGUGAAGGAAGACAACCACUACCGUCUCUGGGCCACCGCCCCGACCACGCCUCUGUACAUACAGAAGCCUGUGGGCAGGGUUGGCAUGUUCCUUGACUUUCACACUGGGAGUUUGAGUUUUGUGGAUGUGGCCAGGCGCUCCCUCAUUUGGAGGUACGAGGAUGGGGUGUUCACUUUCCCUGUCAAGCCUUUCACUUGCACAGGCCACCUGUAAGGAGAGCUGUCAGGACCCAGACUGGAGGCUCAGGCCUCCUUCUCUGAGGAGCCCUUCUCCUGCAGCAAAUAAGGACACCUCAUGGUCUUUAGGCUCUUUCUACUCUAUUGUAACUUCCUUUUAUUGCUCUUUGUAAUGAAGUGAGUGUUAAAUGCAUACUUUUGUUGGUUUCCCUCCAUUUUCUUGUCAAUAAAAUCUUGUCUUGGAGCCAUUUGUCUGGACUAUAUGAUAUGGUUGGUCACCUGUUUUGUGAACUUGCUGGACUCACCGAAAUAUGAGGGUUUGCUUCCCAUUUCUUGGCACCUAAUCCAGGAAGCCAGGGCUUGCACCACAUGGGCACACCUGGUCACCUCCCAGACACAGGUCAGCCUGAAACCUCUCCUGCCUCUUGGGUCUAGUCCACCUUACCCACGCGCACCCUUAGGGCAAAAAAUGAUGUGACAGAGAAA